AUGGUGAAUACUAGGGGCUACACUACUCUUCCGAAUGUUGAAGAACCAGCAAAUAACUCACAAGAUGAGCUAAACUCGCAGGACUUUGAGCAAGCUAUAGGAAUGCCAUCAGAACCCCCGGUAUAUGUGGAAGAGAUGGGGAUGGAAGAACCGCAGGCUCCGGAAGCCUUUAGUGAGAAAGUCCAGCGAUUUCGUAUGUGUUUUGAAAAUAACGUGGUGAUUCCAGUAAAGAAAAAUGUAGUGGAUCCGCUAGCACAAAUGAUUUCCCUGGCCUCUGAGAAAUUCGAUUUGUUCUUAAGUAAAAUAGGUAAUGUUAUGGUAAUGAGGAGAAUAUUUUACAUCAUGAUGAUGUCUAUCAUUGCAGCGUUGAUUAUUGCGAGUGAUAGGUUACCGAAUGGAAAAGCUCGAGGUUCAAAUGGAUCAUUCUCGGACCAUGAUCUCCUUUUACAGUAUGCUCGGAAAUCGAUAGACCUUUCAAAGAUAGAAAGAGAUUUAGAGUAUAUUAGUAGUAUGCCCCACAUGUCAGGAACAAGUGGUGAUGCCGCUAUUAGACAUUAUAUUAAAGAGUCGUUCGACAAAAAUGGUAUAAGGCUAGCUGGGGAAGAGGAGUUCAUGGCGUAUUCGAAUUACCCAGGAAAUGUCUCACUUCGUGUAUAUUCAAAGGAUGAUACAGAAGGGUUUGAUAUUCCCUUAAAUGAGGAGAACUUUAACCCAAUGAGCCAUAAUGGUCAAUUGAACAACAUACCGGUGAUUUAUGCUAAUAAAGCAUCGUUGGACGAUAUGGCUUCUAUGCAAGAUCAAGGGCUUUUAAACGGUGACUUUAUUUUACUAGUGCAUUACGGAGAUUAUGUUUUCCAACAAAUGUUGACUGCUCAAGAAUAUGGUGCGAAAGCAAUUAUCUUUAUUUCUGAGCCUUAUCAAGACAACAAAGACGUGAUACAAAUGAAGUCAGUUGCGUUGCCGCAGUAUGGUACUGGUGAUGCACUUACGCCUGAAUGGGAAGGAUCAAUAAGAGAUCCUAUCGAUGCUACGGAAGCCAAGUGCCUACCCAAAAUUCCAUCCAUACCGAUAUCUGCCAAUCAAGGAGAUAAAAUACUAGCUAUAUUAUCAGACACUGGCGUAAAGUUUUCUAAUAAUUUAUUCAGUGGGUCGCUUAACGAUUGUCGACUUGACCUACUAGUGCAAACAGCAAUUAGGGAACGCCACCCGGUUCACGAUAUAGUUGGUAAAAUUGAAGGAUCGGAACAAGCGGGCAGGGCAAUUGUUAUUGCUGCACCGAGGAACUCUGCUAGUUAUGGCACUAUGUAUCCUUCUUUUGGAACCGUCGUUUUGCUGUCUCUGAUCCAAUUAUAUCAAGAAAUGGUUUACAAAUUUGACUGGAAGCCUCUAAGAAAUAUAUAUUUCAUUUCCUUUGGGGGCUCUGAAUUUAAUGAAGCGGGAGCCACGGAGCUGAUGGAAAAGAGAACAGAGGCAUUGAAGAGUGAAAUAUACACCAUUAUCGACGUCGGCCAAAUCGGUAUAUGGGAUGAUAGUAACAAUUUAGAGAUACAAUGUCAUCCGCUACUAGUAGAUCUUUUUCAAAAAAACAUGACAAGCCGUAAAUUUAACGUUAAAGUGGAUAAUGUUCACCAGUUCGGCGACUGGACGCCGUAUCUAGCGCAAGGGAUUCCAGUUGCGAUCAUUUCAUCUCCAGGAGUCAUGAAUAGAGAACAUCCGAUCUACACAGUAGAAGACAAAUUCGAUUUCAUCAAAGAUAAACUAAGAGACAAAAAGAAGGGAGAGGUACUUUCUGAGAUAAUGCUAUAUCUUGUCGAAAAAUCACUCGAGCUCAUUGACGAUCCAUUCAUCCCAUUCAGCAUAUCGAACUACGUAGAUUUCCUUUCAACUACGUUAAAAGACCUCCAAAAAGAAUGUCCUGAUACGGUAAACUUUGACGAAGUCUUUUUGGGCACAACAUUGUGGGAAAACACUAAACUGCAGUUCGAAAAAUGGAAAAGCGAAUGGACAGAGCUUAUGUAUGGAGCCGGUACAUAUAUAGAACCCACUAUCAUUGCCAUUAAUCGUUGGUCAUGGAACUACCUACUUUCCCUAAUAGGCGUUACCCAAUGUUUGGAGGAAGGGUUAAUGGAUAGAACCUUUUACAAGAACGUUAUCUUCGGGCCAAAACUCUGGGUCGACAAAGGUGACCCACUUCGUUCAUGGACGUUCCCUGAAAUCAGGGACACUAUUGCAAUCAAGGACUGGAGCUCUGUGCAGGUUCAAGCUAACACACUCGGCACAAUUUUACAAAAUACAGCACGCUAUUUUCUUGAGAAUAAAAACCUUCAUGGAAUAAACACGAACGAAUUUUAG